UAUAGACAACCCUCACUCUGAGCUGUACGAAGGACCCCGGUAUCAGCUGUUAUCAAGUGAGCUCCGUCGACUGAUGUGAUCGGCUCUUGCAGUAUAGCCCCAAGUUCACACGACUUUCGCGUUUGCCAUGGCGACCCGUCGGGCACUGAAGGCUGUUCUCAUUGACCUGAGUGGCACACUCCACGUAGAGGAUGCUGCUGUCCCAGGAGCACAGGAGGCUUUGGCAAGGUUAAGGAGUGCCCCUGUUGCGGUGAAAUUUGUCACCAACACAACCAAAGAAUGCAAGCGGAACUUGCUGGAAAGACUCCGCAAAUUGAACUUUGACAUCCAAGAGCAGGAGAUCUUCACCUCUCUGACGGCUGCUCGCAACCUGCUGGAGCAGAGGAAAGUGCGCCCCCUGCUGCUUGUAGAGGACAGUGCCCUGGAGGAUUUUUCAGGUAUAGAUACGUCGGAGCCCAAUGCUGUAGUGAUUGGACUGUCUCCAGAGCACUUUAACUAUCAGAUGCUCAACAAGGCCUUUCGUCUAAUGCUGGAUGGGGCGCCCCUGAUAGCCAUCCACAAAGCACGCUACUACAAGCGCAAGGACGGGCUGGCCCUGGGCCCCGGGCCCUUCGUAACGGGGCUGGAGUACGCCACGGACACCAAGGCCACUGUGGUGGGCAAGCCGGAGAGGACCUUCUUCCUGGAGGCCCUGCGAGACCUGGGCUGCUCCCCAGACGAAGCCAUCAUGAUCGGAGACGAUGCAAGAGACGACGUAGGAGGAGCUCAGAAUUCCGGCAUGCAAGGAAUACUUGUUCGGACUGGUAAAUACAGAGUUGGAGAUGAAGGGAAGAUCAGCCCGCCACCAUAUUUUACCUGUGAGAGUUUCCCACAGGCCGUAGACCACAUCCUGCACACACUCCUGAAGUCUGAUUGAUGUGUGCUCAUAGUGGACAAACCAGCAAGGUAAACAGCAACUGGUCAGGGAAUCGGACUUGUGACUAAAGAGUGGCUGGUUCGAUUCCUGACCGGUAGGAAAAAUGUGGGUGAGGAUUGAUUGCCCAGCACUCUCCUAUAUCUUCAUCCAGAGAUGAGGUUCUCUUAAGGAAGGCACCUAGUCCCCAACUGGUCACUGGCCGCCGGAUCAAGAGCUUCCUUCUGUUCUGGGUGUGUACAUAUGUGAACUGUUAGGCAGGGAUCACAUUGGAAAUAACAAAGCGGUAGCAGUGAGCGUAACACACCGGACCAUAUCAAGACCAUAAAAAGUUCUAUCUUGUUCCUUACUCUGAAUAAAAUGUCUCUGUGGAGAGA